AUGUACAUUGAAUUAAGCACGAAAGGAGUACAAGACAGAUUAUUGCUAAUUGAGGGACUGUUGAAUAAAGCUCGUUCACUUGGAAUAUCGGUGGUCGUGAAAACGCCGUUUGCAUUCUCCAUCCAGCAUGACCUGCAGGUGAACCUUGACCGAUUGUUAUCUUUUUUGUAUCGAAAGCUUAUUUAA